ACCUAAUUUGCCAAUUCCAAUUCCUAAACCAACCUUUUCGUCCAUGGCGAUCCGAAGCGAUGAUGGUCUCCUCCCUCGCCACCCGCCCCGCCGCCCUCGUUACUUGGCCCUCGCUCAAUAAAUCCCUCCUCCCGAUCAAUCCUCCCACGUUCUUCAAGUUCACGUUGUUCUCCGCCAAACCAUCGCCCCUCGUCGCCGCCUCCAUGGAAAAUUCUCCCCCGGGCUACCGCAGGAACGUUGGGAUCUGCCUCAUCAACCCCGAGAACAAGAUCUUUUCAGCUUCGAGACUCGAUAUUCCCGGCGCUUGGCAGAUGCCUCAGGGUGGUAUUGAUGGUGAAGAAGAUGCUAGGAUUGCUGCCUUUAGAGAGUUGAAAGAAGAAACAGGAGUUACAUCAGCAGAGAUCCUUGCUGAGGUUCCUUACUGGUUAACCUAUGAUUUCCCUCCAGAAGUAAGGGCAAAGCUUAACAAACUAUGGGGAACAGAUUGGAAAGGUCAAGCACAAAAGUGGUUUUUAUUUAGAUUCACUGGGAGCGAAGAUGAAAUUAAUCUUGCUGGGGACGGAAGUGAGAAGCCAGAAUUCGGAGAGUGGAUGUGGAUGACACCACAUCAAGUGAUCGAUCAUGCAGUUGAUUUCAAGAAAUCGGUCUACGAGGAGGUUCUUAAGUUCUUUAAGUCUCAUUUACAGCCAGAAUCAUCUUCUGAAGCAUAGAUAGUUUGCAAGUAUUGAACCGCCAUUUCGAGUGACCAUAGCAAUAACUGGUCAAACGAACCACUAUUCAAGGUCUAGUACAUGAUCCCAUUUACAUGUGGUUUGUUAGUGAUCAAACAUUGUUGAUAUAUGAUGUAAUCAUGUUUAACUGCAAUGAUGAUCCCAAAGACGAAUACCUUCUUGUUGAAUUCGAAACCAUUCGUUGCUUUAAUGUGAUCACAUCAAUUUUGUUGCCUACUUAUAA